GAAAUCAUAAUUAGUUUCACCUGUGUCUCAAUCUCCUCAUGUCUAUUUAUUGCAGUUCUUUCUUGCUUCUCUUCCUGUCUAUACUUGAACUUCUGCAUAAUCAGGACUUUCUUUCACACCUGGCUAAGCUAGUUUCUGGCUGUUUUUCCUUUUAAACUCCUUUAGUUUUUUUCACAGAAUAAAUAAUAACGAAACAACUUUCUUUUUUUACCUUUAUGUUUUCCGAUUUUGUUGUGUGUAAUUCCAGAACUGAAUUGUGGGGCCGAGCUGACUGGAAGCUAUGCGGCGAGAAGGUUGAAACCAAUCUAGAGCAUCCAACACAUGUCCAAGAUGUUAAAACGUAAAACUACUCAAAUCUCGUUUUCAUUAAAUGAAGAUGGAAGGGUGCCUUUGAAAGUGUCACAGACUAACUCUAACCAGAACCAGGUUUCUAGCCUAGAAAAGACUGCCAAUCAUAACCCUGCAGUUGCAAAACCUGGAGCAAAGUUCAGAGUCUUAAAAAGCAGUGGAACAGUUUCUAAAGAGCCUUCAUCAGGUUGUGCAGCAGGAUCCAAAGUAUUGCAUAAAGUGUGCCUCGGUAUCAGAACUAGUUCUACAACUGCAAAUGGUUCUGGAUGCGUUGAAAUUAAAUCCAGUGCCGUCAAAGCAUUACCAAAGACGGAGGUGACGCGUUUAGCCACUGCCAGCAUCUCUGUACAACCAGUUAAAGCUAGUUCUGCGAAGACUGGGCCGGCGUUGGCCGGAGUAAACGCUGAAGUGCGUCCCCACCAGAGAAAUGUACCACUUUCUACCCAACUGAGGACCGUAUCUGAAAACGAGAAGCUACUGAAAGAGCCCUCCAACCUACCCAUCAGCAGAGUGACGGAAAGCAGAACCCUUCCUAAAAUCGGAUUAAAUCAGCUGAUUAUUGUGUCAUGUCAAGAAAAACAGCAAGUCUAUUGUCGGCUGUGUUCAGCCAGGCUGAGAACAUCCACUCACUCCACCAGCUUCGCUCACUGCUGGAACUAUGUGAAAAUGAAGUAUCCAGGAUGGACUGCAAAUUUAUCAGAGAUCGAGAACAAAUUCAAAGACAUUGUGGCCCAUUUAGCUGAGAUCGAGAAAAGCAUAGGAUCACAGCCACAGAGAAUAGAGGUGAAGAAGGCGUUCUACCUCAAGCUUGCUGUUCUUUCAGAAAAAGAAGCUAUUGAGAAACUAACAACAAUUGAGCGACAAGAACCUGGAGACCCUGUAGCUGAAACUCCGCAAACGUCCCGACAGGAAGCUCAAAGCCCAUGUGAAGUUUCCAGCUCAAAUGAUGGUGAAGAUUGUAAAGCUGGUAAUUUGACUCCGGACCAUCUCCAGAUAUCUGCAAGUUGCAACCAAAUGGAUCCAGAUCAUGUUCCAAGCAGCAAAACCAAAGAUGCUUCUGGAGUGAAAGUGGACUCCAUGUUCCCUCCAGAAAGAAUACUUUCAAAGAGUCCGUCACCCUCACAAGAUUCACCACAAACUGGUAAUUGUCGACCAAAAGUUGAAAUCUGCAGCCCCCAGACAAAAGCAGAGCUGGUGCAAAUAAAAAGGCCUGGACUGAGCCAUAAAGUGAGAGAAGCUCCAAAGCAUGACAGACCACCUAGAGGACAUGCUGAAUUACCACCAUCCAUAACUUGCUUUGGGAGAAAAGCUCCAGGCUGCAGUAAUUUGGUCUUUUUCUUGCAUGCAAGACAAGUGGACAUUAAACAGGUUGUUGGUAUGGAGCUGUUGUGGGAGUGCAGAGGGAUUUGUCUGGACACUUUCUAUCUGUGUGAAAGCUGUGAGGAAAUUGUUUCAAACUGUGACAUCUGUCAACAUAUGACCAAUCAAGAUCACCAACUUAAAUACAUGUGGAAAAGGCAUCCUGAGUUUCUGAAGAUAUUCUGGCAGGAGGAAGACUUGCCUCAAGCCUUGAAAAUCAACAUUUUCCGAGAAGUUAUCUGGAGGCUGGCACAGCGUGACGGUUUCCAAAAAGUUGAUGCAAAGUGCGUAAUACUUAAUCAAAAAUGGCAUCAGUUUGUCAGGUUGGCCCGAUUCAGUGAAGCUUUAAAAAUUAUGCGGAGCAUCCUUAAUGAAGAUGAGAAAUCAACCGUUCAUCUGCCACUCAGUGCUGCAUGCCAGUGGAAUGAUGAAGAAAUUACAAAAAGCACAGUUUUAGAAGAAAUGUCCAAUGUUGGAACACCAGAUGAAAUGACCAAAAUGGACUUCAGUCCUGUGGAUAUGAGCUGUUCUUCAUCAAAGACUGAUUUGGUGGGCUCUUGUGUCCCUAAUCGAAGAGCAGCGUUGGCUAAAGAUACCAAACCUGAUCCUUUUCAGAAGCCAGUGUUGACAUCAGCUCUUGCUUUGCCUCAAGGUUCCGGUCCGAAACUAGUUAAAGAAGAAACAGCUUGCACAGCUAUCGGAACAAAACUGAACGUGUCAGUCGGUGGUCCAACUAAAAAAAGACCAGCCAUUAAAACUCUGCACCAAACCAGCAGCCCAUUGACAGACCCGCUGCCAGCUAAACGUAUGCUCAUCAUGCAGAAGAUCAAGAGCAAGCCCGCUUCUCCAAAUUCAGUUUCUCCUCCAGUCAACCUUCUUGCAGGCCCUUCUCCAUUUGGUAUCAAAGAUGAAGACUCUGGACCCAAGCAACUUAAAUCCACUGUGGAUCAGGAUUUGUUUUCAAAACUAUUUAUUUGAAGCGGAUCACCUCCAAGUUGGCUAAGGAUAAUAUUAAAACCAUUAAAGCCUGUGCAACCAGUUCUGCGGCGACGCCUCAAACUAAUUGGGAUGCAAAGAUUGAUUACUCUGGAAGCGUGCCGUACAACUGAGACUCAAAAUGUCACCUGAUUCAAAAUCCAGUGAGGAAGAAUCCACCCACAAACUCGUUAGGAGGGGCUAAGAUGGCGACAUCUGAUUUGGCUUGUAAGAAUGAACUGGGUCUGGACUCUGCUCCUAAAAUCGUCUCCUCUUUUGAAAACCCACAGAGGAGCGUUGCACACACUGUGACUGAAAACAAGCCUGUCUCUGCUCUGGCUCCUACUGCUGACCUCUUCGACCUACAGGACCAUCAAUUCUUCAGCGUUCGAAACAUCUGUAGAAAUGAGAGUAGACUUCCAUUUGGUUGUGCCUCUACCAACCUGACUCCGAACAAAUACUGGAGCCAAAAUGUGACCCAAAACCUGACAGGACUGUGAUUGGUCCAUUACACUUUAACACUCCUGGAGCUGACCAGCCAGACCCCAUGAAGCACAUGUUUCAGUGCAGCUACACCGAACAGGCUAACAUUGACAUUAACAGACAAUCAAAUCAGCUUCCACGUUGAUCCACCACUAAGACCCUCUUACACUGUGGUGUCUUCAGCAGGCUGUGAUCCACAUGUCCAAGCUGCCUGUGGCCAAAUGGCCACAAGUUAUCCUAUCUGGUUGUCCUUCCUGACAAAAACAGGCAGAUGCUUCAUUUAGCACUGAAAGCUCACGUCAACAGUUCCUCUAUUCAAGCUUUAUCUACCCACAGCAGGUGGUGAACCCCUUCAAUCUUUUCCCUUUCAGAUAUCACUUAACAUCUCAACUACCUCCAGGGUCUUUCAACACGCCCCAUGGACAGCAAGGAUGGGAAUGUCAUCCGCCAGCCUUCUCUGGACUUGUAUUUAUAGUUGUCGUUUUUUUGGGGGCUUUUUUUUUUGUUUUGUUUUGUUUUUUUC